AUGUUGAUAAGCAAUGUUAAUGCUGGUGUUAUUAACAUACAAAACUUUUCUCCAAAUUAUGGACAAUCUCAAUAUCCUGAUUCACAACCAAGUUUUAUAAGUGAUAUAAUACAAAUGAAAAAAUCGGCAUUAAAACUUGGUACUGGAAAUACCUUAACAAGUUUAGGUGGUAUAUUUGGAGCAGGUACAGGUUUCUCAAAUUUAGGAAUCCUAGGAUUUGAUAACAUUUUCAACUUUGGCGGUUUUAUUUCAAAUCCUAUCUCACAUUUUCCAGUUCUGAGCGAGAUUGUUAAAGUAGUACCAGUAACAGGAAUAUUGCCCAUUGGCAAUAAUCCAACUUUCAUAGCGAACAAUAACAACCAAAUCGAAAAUCAGAAUGCUGGAAGCCUUUUAGAAUUUUUGGGAUCUUCACCAGUUAAUGAUGAUGUUAACAAAACUGAUUUAUUAGAAAAUAUUGGCGAGAGCUCAACUUUAGACAAAUUAGAUACUGUAGAUGUGUUCGAUGAAGAUUCAAAAAUACAAUUAAAUGAUAAUGAAGAAUUGGAUUUUACAUCAAACAUUGUCGUAAAUACAGAAGAUUUUAUGCAAGAUGCUAAUCAAAUACCUAAAUUAGAAGAUAAUACUGAUGUGAAUUGCUGUUGCCAAGCAAAUCCUUUGUUGGGUGGUUUGGGUGGAUCUACUAAGCAGGAUGGGCUUGUAAAUACUGAUUUGGAUGUAAUUUCGAAUACUGGAUCAACUGUGCAAGAUGGACUUGUCAAUACUGAUUUAGAUGUUAUCUCCAACAGUGGUUCAACUAACCAGGACGGUUUGCUAAACACUGAUGCUGAUAUUAUUUCCAACAGUGGCUCAACCUCCCAAAGCGGCCUUAUUAAUACUGAUGCCGAUAUCAUUUCUGAUGGUGGAUCUACUAACCAAAAUGGUUUGGUUAAUACAGACGCCGAUAUUAUUUCAAAUGGAGGAUCAACCAACCAAAACGGUCUCAUUAACACUGAUGCUGAUAUCAUUUCCGAUGGUGGCUCCACUAACCAAAAUGGUUUGGUUAAUACAGACGCUGAUAUUAUUUCAAAUGGAGGAUCAACCAACCAAAACGGUCUCAUUAACACUGAUGCUGAUAUAAUUUCCGAUGGUGGUUCUACUAACCAAGACGGUUUAGUAAACACAGAUGCUGACAUUAUUUCAAAUGGUGGAUCAACCAACCAAAACGGUCUCAUUAACACUGAUGCUGAUAUAAUUUCCGAUGGUGGUUCUACUAACCAAGACGGUUUAGUAAACACAGAUGCUGAUAUUAUUUCAAAUGGUGGAUCAACCAACCAAAACGGUCUCAUUAACACUGAUGCCGAUAUCAUUUCUGGUGGAGGUAAUGAUGAUAAUGGAAGUUCAGGGCAUGAUAAUGAUUCUAACUGGUCUCACCAAGAUUGGUCAAAUGAACAAGAUCAAUGUAACGAUAAAUCCUCUGGCAGCAAUAAGCAUGAUAAUGAUUCUAACUGGUCACACCAUGAUUGGUCAGGUAAUGAUAAAUCCUCUGGCAGCGAUGAACAUGAUAAUGAUUCUAACUGGUCACACCAUGAUUGGUCAGGCGAAGAACAAUGCAAUGAUGAAUCUUCUGGAAGUAAUGAGCAUUGGCAUGGGGAAUCUUCAGACAGCGCUGAGCAAUGCAACGAUGGAUCAUCUGGCAGCUCUGGUCAAAGCCAAAGUGGUUUAGUAAAUACAGAUUUGGAUGUUUUAUCUACUGUUACGGGCUCGGAAAGUCAAGAUGGGUUAGUGAAUACUGAUUUAGAUAUUCUAUCUAAGGUUACUGGAGGAUCCAGUAGUUCUCAAAGUAGCCAGUCUUCUCAAAGCAGUGGACAAAGUCAGGAAGGUUUAGUGAAUACCGAUUUGGACGUUCUUUCUACUGUGACUGGCUCAGAAAGUCAAAGUGGACUUGUGAAUACUGACUUAGAUGUUCUAUCCAAGGUUACAGGAGGUUCCAGUAGCUCUCAAAGUAGCCAAUCUUCUCAAAGUAGCCAGUCUUCUCAAAGUAGCCAGUCUUCUCAAAGCAGUGGACAAAGUCAGGAAGGUUUAGUGAAUACCGAUUUAGACGUUCUUUCUACUGUUACUGGCUCAGAAAGUCAAAGUGGACUUGUAAAUACUGACUUAGAUGUCCUAUCCAAGGUCACUGGAGGAUCUAGUAGCUCUCAAAGCAGCAAGUCUUCUCAAAGUAGCCAGUCUUCUCAAAGUAGUGGACAAAGUCAGGAAGGUUUAGUGAAUACCGAUUUGGAUAUUCUUUCUACUGUGACUGGCUCAGAAAGUCAAAGUGGACUUGUGAAUACUGACUUAGAUGUUUUAUCGUCAGUGACUGGAUCAAGUAGCUCUCAUAGCAAACAUUCUUCAUCUUCAUCAUCAAGUUCUUCUCAAGAUGGACUAGUUAACACCGACUUAAGUGUUUUAACCAAAGGACUUGGGCUGUAG